AAUUUCUUUCCUUUUUGUUGUUAUUUUAAGGUAGCAGAGUAUCUGAGUGAUCCACUUUGCAGAGGCAUUUUUGCUGGUGACACUCGUUUGUUGAGCUUGAAGUCUUGUUUUCCUUCAGUUUAUCAAUAUGAAAACCAACAUGGUUCCAUAUUAAAGGGAGUUUUUCUCACAAAAGAAGGUGAGCAUUAGACAUAGUCAUUACUUUGACCCCAUUAGAAAAUCUGUUCAAAGUAUAAGGCUGAAUAUUAUUGGGGAUGUGAUCACUGGAUGUGACUCCUGUGGAGUUAUGAUGAAGAUAUCAUGAACAAAUUUCAUCAAGGAGCACUAACUACAAUAUUUUUUGGGUGAUUUUUUCAGGCAUAGCAUUAAUUAAAAGAACUUUUCAAGUUUCAAUCCAUGUCAUCCUUGCCAUCCGCUGGCAACAGAAGACAGCAAACAGUUUCAAUGCGUAAAAUAAUUUUGUGGUCUUAAAUAACAAAACUGAACCAAUUUUUGGAAUUUGAUUGAUGUAAACAGCUUAACCUUUUUAAAAAGAUAGGAAAUAGUGUGAUAUAGGUCCUUUUAGAAUAGGACUGUUUAUGACAGUGACUGACAUUUCAACAACUGCAGCUGUACUUUGAAUCUGAUAAUUAUGUCCACACUUUGAGCCUUAACAUCAGUCACAGUCACCAUUAUGGCAAUAGUCCUGUUCAGGACCUCAUUCACCCAGAUGACCAAAUUCCACCAACUUUUAACUUAUUUCUCUUGCACUCAUAGCCCCAGACACCUCUGUCCUAAGCCCCCUAGCAACAAUAGCCAAGAAAGAACGUUGGAGCACAUGGUCUAUAGAGGGUGGCAUGCAGACAGUGACCGAUAAAUUACAUGACAUACUUAAGCAACAAGGAGUUAGCAUCAAAAUGAAUGCACCUUGUACAUCUUUGAGCAUGACUUCUGAUGGAAAGCUAACGCUGCAUUCAGUGAAUGAUCAGAUUACGGUAGAUCACGUAAUAAGUUGUAUACCAGCGCAGUGCCUGGCAAACAUUGUACCAUUGGACUGGAAACCUCUAGCUGAUGAACUGAGUAAUAUUCAUACCACAACAGUGGGAGUUGUGAAUUUAGAAUAUGAAGGAAGUGUAGUACCUGUGGAGGGUUUUGGAUAUUUAGUUCCUUCUUCUGAUGAAACCCAAGUCCUUGGAAUUAUCUUCGACUCUUGUGCUUUCCCUGAAAAUGACAGACAUCAUGGUGGCAAAACUACAAGGAUAACUGUGAGUGUCAAACCUAUAUUUUUACCUUUUUUGUUAUCUUGUGCUUUUAGUUUUUUUUCAGCUGCCUCUAUGAAAUUAAACUGUUGUUUUAUUUCAGUAGUCUUUAAUCAGCUUGAGGUCAAACAGCAUUACUGCACAACAGUCACGUAAAAGGCUAUGUCGAUCAGGGUUUGAAACAAAUUUGAAUUCCAGCUUGUCCUUCGGGCAAACAGCUCUCGCAUUUUACUUUUUCCGGCCAGCUGCUUCUUGCUCGUCUUACUGUUACUGAUUUUUUUAGAGGACGACUUGCCUAAAUCGAUCCUUACACAGCAGGAAAAUUUACUUGUAUCGGACUACUACUUAUUUUCGAACCCCGUAAAUCCCUCUUUUUUAGUUUCUAUUUUGUUUGUUAAUUUGUUUGUUGUUUUUUGUUAGGUGAUGAUGGGAGGACACUGGUUCAAUUCCUUAUUUGGAGAUCCCGACUCAGUCGAUCCCAACCACCUACAGAAU